AACACUGGAAUGGGAUUUCGCAUGGCGCCGUCGGUAAAUGUGCUGGCUUUUAUCAACAGUAAUCAGUUUUUGAACAAUAAUGACACAGCUCUAAUGAUCAGGAAUUCGGCACAUCCACAACUGUGGCGUCUGCGAGCGAAUGUGACUAUUUCGAAGAACGCUUUCAAGUUCAACCGUGGAAAGUAUAUCAUUUCCAUAGGGCUAAAUGAGGACGCUCCGGCGCAACAACUGAUUUUCAACCAACAAAACGAGGUAAAUUCUUCAAAUGUUAUUGUCCCUACUGAUUGCCAAUUCGAGAAAACAUCGUUUAUAACCCGUAUCCAGAACUCCGACCAAGAUCAACCCCUUAUGCUGCGAUGGUUGUCUCAAGCAGGUAUAUCUGAAUUUGUAUAUGUUGGGGACCAGUUCUCGCAACGACUUAAAUCAUGCUUGCUGACGAUCAAAAGCUUUCUGAUGACGUAUGCUUGA